AUGGCGACCGUAGACGUGGAGGAUGAGAGUAUUUUGGUAUCAGUAUUUAAAGACAGUUUUCCUGAGAACUGGAGGAAUAACCCGGACUUUGCUACAUAUUUAUCCGAGCUGUGUUCAUUCGGAGUGGAGAAGUUGAACCGGGAACCGGAGCGGCUGGAGGAAGAAAAAGCUCAGAUCCUGCAGCAAACCCGAGAACUCGCCUUCUCCAACUACAAAACCUUCAUUCGUACUGCAGAGUGUACUGAACAGAUCUACAGAGACUUCAGCCGAGUGGAGGACAGCUUAGCCAAACUGCUGGACAAACUGCCCAGCUUCGGAGAAAAAUGCAGAAGUUUUAUGAAGGAAGCAGAAGAGAUCGGAGUCAGUCGGCGAAUGAACAGUCUGACUCUGAACCGUCACACAGAGAUCCUGGAGAUCCUUGAAAUCCCUCAGCUGAUGGACACCUGCGUCCGGAAUGGGUACUACGAGGAGGCGCUGGAGCUGGUCGUCUAUGUGAAGAGACUGGAGAAAAAGCACUCAACAUUACCUGUUAUACAGGGCAUCGUACAGGAGGUCCGACAGUCAGCACAGCUCAUGCUGAACCAGCUCCUCCAGCAGCUGCGCAGUAACUCUCAGCUUCCAGUUUGCCUGCGCGUGAUUGGCUACCUGCGAAGAAUGGACAUCUUCACCGAGGCUGAACUGCGUGUGAAGUUCUUGCAGGCGCGUGGCAGCUGGCUGCGCUCUGUGCUCGCCGCUGUGCCUGACGAGGAUCCCUACCUUCACAUCACCAAAACUGUGGAGGCCUGCCGAGUUCAUCUCUUCGACAUCAUCACUCAGUACCGGGCCAUCUUCUCGGACGAGGACCCUCUGCUGCCCCCGGGGGAACAGACCGUGAACGAGUCUGCAAUCUUCCAUGGCUGGGUAGUGCAGCAGAUCGCUCAGUUUUUAGACACCCUGGAAAAAGAUCUUCAGCGUGGCGUCGGAAGCCGGUUGGACUCUCUUCUGGGUCAGUGCAUGUACUUCGGCUUGUCCUUCAGCCGUGUGGGUGCAGAUUUCCGUGGCCAGCUCGCACCCAUGUUUCAGCGUGUAGCCUUGGACACAUUUAUCAAAGCUGUCCGAGAAGCCGUGGAGAAGUUUCAGGAGGAUAUGAAUCUUUAUACGCUUAUCUCUCUGCCGUCUGUGCUCGGCAACACCAUCCCGCCUAUGCCCGCAGGCACUCAGCCUGGCACUCUCCAGCCUCCCAUGGCUUUGCUGGAUUUUCCUCCAUUGGCCUGCUUUCUGAACAAUGUCUUAACAGCCUUCAAUGACCUGCGACUGUGCUGCUCUAUUGGUUUAGCCCAGGAUGUUACCAGAUGCCUUGAGGAUGCCCUUCUGAAGGUGACCAAACUGAUUCUAGUGUUCCACAGAGCAGAAGACACAGCCUUCAGCAGCCGUGAGCGGGAGUUAUUCGUUCAGUUCUGCACCGCCUUUGCUGAGGACAUGGUGCCGUUCUUAAACCGGUGUCUCCAGGUUCUCUUCCCCCCAGCUCAGCUGGCACAGAUUUUUGGUGUCUCCCCAGCUCAACUUCAGAAAUACGGCCACAUCGGCUGCAUCGACAUAAACGCUGUCCUGGAACCUUUGGAGUUUGUCCUUCCAAAGAAGGAGACCCCAGCGUCUCCCAUGCCAGAGCUCUCCGUUGACCUGACCAGCCUAACCAUCAGUGAAGCAGAAUCUCUAGCUGUGAAGAAAGUAGAACCUUCUGAAAAGGCUGCUUCAAAAAUUGUACCAACUUCUCACACCACACAGACUAGAGAGUCUGAAACUACUGUUGAACCAUCGGUGAACCUGACACAGCCUGAAAGAUCUGAUCAGGAACUAAGUGCUUCAGGAGAAACUUCUCCAGCAAGUACACAUAUUCAGAAAGAAUCAGUGGCAGAGUAAAAUGAACAGGCAUGAACACUAGUUUCUUCGAAGUACUCCAAUAUUGAGUCAAGCUGCGUCACACUAGCUUUUAAUUGUACAAUUUCUGAAGUAAGAUUACGUUUUUAAGAUAUGGUAAUUAUCCGAUGAGUAAUUGUUGGUUUAAUACAGUCAGUAAACAUCUAUCUGAUAUACUCAAGUUGAUACUGCAGCACUGGGGGAGAUAAAGUUGGUGUUGAUUCAGUUUCUAACUCACUGAAAGAAUCUGAACCCUAGUUACAUGCAUGUAUGUUUGGCAAGCUGACAUCAGUACCAGCUGGAAGUCUGACAGCAGUCAAAAGGCAUUCAUUGUUGGUAUGUCUUAAAAAAACCCAAUUGAUAUUAGUCCAUUGACAGAUGUUAAAAGUCUAUUUAAAAUCUCCUUACACACUUAUAUAUAAGCAUGCUGGGUUAUCUUUACAGUACCAACCUAGAUCUGGUUGCACUCUGUCAGACGUUAAAGACCCGGCACACACACAAAUGGCAAAAAUUCCAAAUGCAGUUGAUCUAGUGGAUCAAUUUUAGUUCGACUGUGCCAUCUUUCAUCUUAAUUCGAUUCAACAUUAUGACUUCACUGUUAGCAGCCAACAGUACUUUUCUACUACCUUCCAACAUGCACUGUGUUUCUGAUUGGAAUCCAACUCAAAAGUUGCUAUUUUUUUCUAAACUGUGCACUCUGUCUUAAAGCAUUACAGCAUCCUUUACCCACUAUAACAAAAAAAACCCAACACAUUAUUUGACCUCUUUUACAAAGUCAUUUUAAUGCUACUGCAACUAACCUUGCAAAACAUAACAUGGAAAUUUGGAUAACAUUGAAUGCCACACCAGCAUGCAUCUACGGUAAUGACAAGGUGGACAUUGUUAAAACAGUACAUGUGACAAUCUCUGGCAGUGCUCUAAACCACAUCCUACAUACUACAUAGUGUAACUUUACCCUUAGUAGUGUACUAUUCAGCUAGGGUGCAGUUCAGAAUGCAGAUCAUUUUAGUACACUGCUGUUUCUUUGUGGGGGAAAGUGAAGUCAUUGACACGUGUAUUUUUUCCUCGUUUCAUGCAUCCUAAAUAAAUUUGGGAAAAAUAAUCAUAACACGUCUUCUACUAGUAACUAAACUUCUGACGUCAACUGUUGCCUGUCCUAUGUAAUUUGAAGCCCCUUUUCUGGAACCCUAGGUGAUAGAACAUUGUGUAUCUCAGUAAUAGGUUCAUACAGAAGUUGAUGAGAAAUGUCUGUUCUUUGAAUAAGAAGUGACUGCAGUUUUAUGUAUGACAAAAUCAUCAGCCAAACCUAGUCUGGGCUAACUGGACCAGAAUAGCAGUGAACCAGUAUGUCGUGUGACUGCAGCAUCUAGCUACAUCGCUUCAGUACUGAAUGCUCAUUUAAAUUAAUAAACCUUUGGGAAAAAUCACAUGUAUAUUUGAUGUAUACAUUUUAUUAUGGAUGUCAGUGUACAGAUCUAUAUUUUCAUGUGCCAAAAUAUUAUGGCACAAGCAGUGACUGAUAAAUAUAUUUAAAUUACAUGACCGGUUGUUAGAAACAGUUUGUAUUAUUAUUUAACGUUAUUAUUAUGUGAUGGGUUUUCCGAAUAAAAAAUACAAA